GUCCACUGAAGACAAUCUAAACCACGUGCCACAGGCUCGUUUUCUACUGGUAUUGACAUUUAUUUUUAUUUAGCAGAUGCUUCUGUCCAAAGUGACUCGCAAGAGAAGCGACUGGCUUUGUCUAGUGCAGCUAUACGGAACUUUCAAGUUACGCAGUAUUUCAGUAAGAGCUAGAUUUAAUUAGUUUCACUAGACAUGUUUAAUAUAUUUGACUUGUUACAAAAUAUAACAAUAGAUAGAUUACGUAAAGGUGACAGUCAGAUGGAAAAACCCAAAGUUAAUGUGAGCAAAAGAGAUGACGUCAUUCACGAGAGAAUAUCUUGAUAUGCAGUAAGAUUUCUACUGUUAAACACAGGUAGUACAUCUGUCAAGCUGCGCUGUCAUGGAAAAAUCCACAGAUGACAAGUGUGCUUAUGUUUAGUGUAUUUCAUGUUUUGUGUAUUUCAUUAAUGAUUUAACAGUAUUUUUCAUCUAGAUAUUACUGCCAAGAUUCUUCUACAUGUCAAACAUUGAAUAAGUGCCAAUUCAUUUGUCAUCUGUGAUUAUUAUAACAAUAUAAUAAUCACACAGCUUGCCAGGCUGGUCUUAUGUACAAUGUCCCCACAGAGGACUUCAGAUCUACGAAGAUUUAGAACUACAUAUCCAUAGAAACCAUAGAAAGUGUGAUGUUAAACCCAUAUGUUCCACAAAAGCACCAUCUCUGUAUAGCAAACUUAGCAAUCUUAGAACCUUCAGAAGCUUUAAGACGGAAUAUUCUUAAUAUAUUGCAGAACUUUACACAGUGAAAGUCUCACAAAAAACAUGAUGGAAUGCUUAGAGACUAUGAGUCAUAGCACCAUAAAUAAGUGCAGUAUCGGAGGUUUCUUGGACGAAUAAAGAGGAACUUCUUCAUUUCCUUUUUCUCUCAAUGUCCUGUAACAGAUGUUGCUUAAGACAUCGUAUCAGUUGAUUUUACACAAAGGGAUACAGUAACACAUGAUAUCCAACAGCAAAUGGAAUUGAAUAUUACUGAUCAAAGCUAACUGUGUCAAUUCUGUGCUUUUCCUUGAGUGGUUCGAUAAUUCGCAGUGGUCCCGUACGUCUGCUAAGACCCGCUGAACAUUUCUGGGUACUUAUUCACUCUGCUUUAGAAGAUGUUUAACAAUCCACAGCACACACAUCCAUCAGGCCAUAAACAAAUGAUUGUUGCAAAAGAAGAAGUGAAAAGUUCAGCCACUUUAAUGCCACAGUCAGCGCUAAACAUCAUUGGAGAGUUUGGAGGAGGAGAUAAAGAGACAUGCCAUUGAAAUUCACGGACAUCCUCCCCCCUAUGCAGCUAGCUAGUCUUCAAAGGUUUCAGUCUCUCAGUGGACAUGCUGCUCACGAUGGAGCUUAGUGGAGCAACUACAGGUAACCAGAGCCAGGGGCUCCCUAACCCUGCCUCUGAGAUACAGGAAAUGGUUUCUGUGGAUAUGGAAAUGACUGAGGGAUCCACCACUGGAGAAGGACUGGAUGAAACAACCAGAAAGCCCUACCAAAGGAUCUUGGAGGAGAAAGUCGAGUUCAUCUCCAGGCGAUUAGAGAAACACCAGGAAACGUUCUGGUUGUCCUGUAAAAUGCUUUUCGUGGCAGCCUACAUCGUGGUCGUGAUUGCGGCGUGUGCUGUGAAUUUCCAGCGAGCGCUGCCUCUCUUCGUCAUCACGCUGGUAGCCAUCUCUUUUCUGCUGUGGGACUGGCUGAUGCGGCGCUACCAGCAUCACAUUCAGUACUUUCUAGCACAGGUGAAGAAAGUGAUGGCAAAGCAGGCGUUCUAUCUGAAAUGGGUGGUGUAUGCCGUCCUGUUGGGGGCGUUGGUGAGCUGGCUGAUAUUGGAUAUAGCCAAGAAAGGCUCUAGGCAGCUAGUCUCCUUUGCUGGCUUGGUUAUUUUCUCAUUGGUGUCAGUGCUCUUCUCCAAAUAUCCAUUUAGGAUUUCCUGGAGGACCUUGCUGUGGGGCAUUGGCCUACAGUUUCUGUUUGGAAUCUUAAUUCUCAGAACUAGGGCUGGAUACCUUACCACGGACUGGAUUGGAAAGCAGGUGGAGGUGUUCCUGGCAUACACAGAUGCUGGCUCAAAGUUCGUUUUUGGUGAGAAGUUCGAAGACCACUUCUUUGCAUUUAAGAUCCUGCCCAUUGUGAUUUUCUUCAGCACCGUCGUCUCCAUGCUGUACUACAUAGGCUUCAUGCAGUGGCUUAUCCUGAAGCUGGGGUCCAUCAUGCUAGUUACCAUGGGAACAUCCCCCGCUGAGUCUAUUGUUGCAGCAGGAAAUAUAUUUGUAGGACAGUCAGAAUCCCCACUCCUGAUACGGCCAUAUAUUUCCAAGCUCACAGAUUCAGAGAUACAUGCAGUGAUGGCUGGAGGCUUUGCCAGUAUUGCGGGCAGCGUCCUGGCGGCCUUUGUAUCAUUUGGGAUCCAGGCCUCGCACCUCUUAAAUGCCUGUGUGAUGUCGGCACCUGCCUCACUGGCUAUCGCUAAGACUUUCUGGCCUGAAACAGACACACCCAGGAUCACAGCUAAGAAGGGCUUCAAACUGGAGAAGGGGGAAGCUGGUAACCUGCUGGAAGCUGCCUGUCGCGGUGCAUCCACCUCCAUUACCCUGGUGGCCAACAUGGCUGUGAACCUCAUCGCAUUUCUAGCUCUCCUCAGCUUCCUCAAUGCAGCUCUGGCCUGGAUGGGAAGCUUGUUCGACUUCCCCCACCUGAGCUUCGCUCUGAUCUGCUCCUACAUCUUCAUGCCAUUUGCAUUCCUGAUGGGCGUGGCUCAGGAAGAUAGCUUUAUGGUGGCCGAGCUGAUUGGAUACAAAACAUUCUUCAAUGAAUUUGUGGCCUAUGACAGGCUUUCAGGGCUCAUCAAAAAGAGACUCGAGGGAGGACCCGAAUAUGUGGAUGGCGUCAAGCAAUUCCUCACUGUGCACUCUGAAACCAUAGCAACGUAUGCACUCUGUGGCUUUGCCAACAUUGGAUCACUUGGGGUGGCGAUAGGAGGCUUGUCGGCCAUGGCACCUGACCGCAGGAGUGACAUCUCCAGAUGUGCGAUCAGGGCUCUUAUUUCCGGGACGAUGGCCUGCUUCAUGACGGCAUGCAUGGCAGGAAUCCUGUACGUACCAGAACCGCAAUGUUAUCGUUAUUUGGAAUAUGAGCACUUCUCUGGAAUGACUAAUAGCACAGAGCUGUUGACCUGCUGCUUGGAUCUCUAUGCCAGUGUCACUGUGGCGGACCAGUCCAGCAUCACCACUGGCGGCGGUUACUCCAUGAAAGCGCUGAGAAACUGCUGCUCUGUUCUGAAUGCCACGUCGUUUGACUGUCAACGGAUCCAUCCCUGAGGGAGAGGUGAAAACCUCUCAUCUUUGCCCCCCCCCCCCCCACUGAGCUUAGAACGUGAUAGGGUCCAUCAACCACCACAAAUGAAGCACUUCACAGUGGAACAGCAUAAAGCGUUUUGCUCUUUUCCAGUGCUGCCCUUCACGCAGUUUUCAGUUCUGGUAUUUGUGCACCAGAAGUGAAAUUCCUGGCCCUGCGCAGCCGAUCGUCGACUUUGCUGUUUACUGAUGAUAAUCCAUUAACACCCUAAGCUCCCUGCCUUUGUACCGGUCAGAUGGGCUCCACAAAUGUUCUGUUCAUUUUCUGACCACUUUCUAACAAUUCUAAUAUUUCAGUAUUACUAAAACUGCAUAACCUUAUAUUUACAGAACACAACAGCCAUUUACCUAAUGCCCAUACCGCCCCCCGACCCCCUCUGCGCCUUCCCCUCUCCUCUGCACCGUCCUCUGGCCUCUGCCUGCCACCGCACAUGCUCAGUGGCUCAUCCUCUCAGGUUUCCUCCUGGCCACCCUGCCACGACUGCCUGUCUCUCGCCCAUCCGUCUCACAUGCCUGCUUUACUCAAAGUGCACGUCGUGCGUAACCUUGAUCCAUCAUGUGUGUUUACCUCUUAUGUUUCCCAUUUUUUGGGUGACAUGGCGACCAGUGUGCUCAGGCAUUAUGAGGAUCCCAUUAUUGUUGUUGCUUGGCAUGUCUUGCUUGAUUUUUUUAGUUAUUAUUUCUAUUGAUAACUAUUAUUUGAUACAAAGUUGUUUCUUAGUCCUUGCUUAGACAGGCCAUUAUCGUAAUCUUUUAUUUACGUAUGCUCUUAUCGACUGUUAGAACCAUAUGUUCUUUUAUAUUCAGCAUAACAACAUCUGCCAGGAAAAUAAAAGAGAAUGUCAAUAAUAAGUAUCUCUGAGUCCAAGGACUUGUUUUGUGACACAUUCUUUCCCAGUCUUACAAAAAAAUAAUAAAAAUUGGAACAGA